AUGCAGCGAUUUUUCAAACUUUCCAACCCGGAUCUUCUCCACGAAGCAUCAUACGUCCACGGAGAAUGGAUUCAAGCAGCUUCUGGCAAAACAUUUAUCAUCACUAAUCCUGAUGUCAACAACGCAGUCCAAUCUUCUCACAGCGGCUUUCUUGAGUACAGAGGGUACACUGCGCGUAAAAGAGCCCAGCUGUUACUAGAAUGGCAUCGCUUGAUCGGCGAGUCUAAAGAAGACCUUGCAAAGCUUGUUACAUACGAAACUGGAAAGCCUCUCGCCGAAGCACGAGGAGAAAUCGACUAUUCUCUGGGCUUCGCUUGGUGGUUUGCUGGUGAAGCUGAACGGAUUCAGGGCACAACUGGGGCGUCCAGCUGUGCAGAAAGAAGAGUGCUUACAAUCAAGCAACCUAUUGGUGUGGUUGUCGCUCUAGUCCCAUGGAACUUCCCUAUUGCCAUGAUCAUGAGGAAGGCUAGCGCAGCCUUUGCUGCCGGGUGCUCUAUGAUUGUCAAACCGUCACCCAAAACGCCUCUAUCUUGCCUGGCCCUAGCAGAUCUAGCCACCAGAGCUGGUUUUCCAUCGGGCACAUUCAACGUCCUAACGACCUCUUUGGAGAAUACUCCCAGCCUUUCCGAAGCUUUAUGCACUCAUCCUUUAGUCGCUAAGGUGACAUUCACAGGCAGCACUAGGGUGGGAAAAAUUGUUUCUGGUCUUUGUGCUCAGGGUCUUAAAAAGUGCACACUGGAGCUUGGUGGAAACUGUCCCGUUAUUGUCUUUGAUGAUGCUGAUUUCGGCCAAGCCAUCGACCAGAUCAUGGCAUUGAAGACCGGUCCCGGCGCUGAUCCGGCCAACAACUUUGGGGCUGUCACUACGCUUGCUGGUCUUGAAAAGGCUGCAUCACCCGUCAAGAACGUUCUCGAAAACGGGGCUAAGCUCAGAAACGGAUCAGGAAGACCUCUUGUGCUGUCUUCCUCAAGACCCAGGCUGGUGUCGUUGGCCCACUUGACGUCCUGUUCCUCUGUUUCAAACUUGAAGAGGCCGCAGACGGGACCAAAUGUUUCCUCUUUGGCCAUCUGCAUAUCUUGUGUCAUUCCAGUAAGAACCACUGGCUCCAUGAACUGGCUGGUGUUUAUUGCAAGCUAUGUGUUUACCAGGAACUCAGACCGUUUGUGGAGGUUGUUCGAGAAUCUGGAGGCAGGCAUGAUUGGCUUAAAUACAGGAAAUGGCUCUGCGGCAGAAAGUCCCUUCGGAGGCAUCAAGCAGUCUGGCUACGGAAAGGAAAGCGGCAAAGAUGUUGCUGUGGCAGAGUAUCUUGUUGAGAAAACUGGGACUUUGACAGUCAUGUGA